AUGAAGAUGAUGAUAAAUGGUCGACAACGUUUAUUUAAAUGUUUUUUACAACAUCGAUGCAUUGUUACAAUGCCAAACUAUAAAGUAAAUGAGUCUUCAAAUGAACAAUCUUCUAAUAUGGAUGAUGUACCACUUGAAUUGAGACCAGCACAAAAUCCAUUGAAACAUUUAUUUACACAUGAAGUACACAAUCAAGUACCACCUUUGGAAAAAGUCGAUUUAUAUGAACAAGAUGCAGCAUUACGUACAUAUCUAACAAAUGACAAUUGUGGAGAAGUGCGAAAAUUUGGGGCUGAAUUAGGCACAUAUAAGUGGUUUGAACAAGGACGUGUGGCAAAUCAAUAUACACCUGUAUUACGAACACACGAUCGUUAUGGUCAUCGAAUUGAUGAAGUAGAUUUUCAUCCAUCCUAUCAUCAACUUAUGGAAAUAGGAAUGAAAUAUGGUAUUCAUUCGGUAGCUUGGGAAUCUAAAAAUGAUAAGUUUAAUCCUCAUGGACAUUUACAACAUGCAGCUUCGCUUUAUUUAUUAACUCAAAUUGAAGCGGGUGUGUUAUGUCCACUAUCAAUGACAUAUGCAGGAUUUCCUGUACUUCAUCGAUAUCUUCAUUGUUCUAGUAAAAGUUUAAAUGAAAGUUUUCCAUUAGAUAAACUUUUAACGAGAAAAUAUGAUCAACGUUGUGUGCCAGCGCAUACAAAACAAGGUCUUACAUUAGGAAUGGCUAUGACGGAGAAGCAGGGUGGAAGCGACGUUCGAGCAAAUACAACACGUGCCUAUUGUGAUAACAGUGCUGACAAACGUUAUGUGUUAGUUGGUCACAAAUGGUUUUGUUCAGCUCCAAUGUCAGACGGAUUUCUUGUUCUUGCUCACAUCCAAGAAGAUGGCCAAAAAUCAUCUGGAAUUCCAUCAUGUUUCUUUGUACCAAGAUGGUUGCCAAACAAUGAACGUAAUCCAUUUUAUAUUCAACGUUUAAAAGAUAAAUUAGGAAAUCGUUCAAAUGCCUCAAGUGAAAUUGAAUUUAAUGGAACAUAUGGGUGGUUAUUAGGUAAAGAACAUGAUGGUGUCAAAGCUAUUAUUGAAAUGGUUCAUCAUACUCGUUUGGAUGCUGCAACGGGAAGUGCAGCACUCAUGCGACAAGGUUUAAUGCAAGCAACGUGGCAUGCAAAAUAUCGAAAAGCAUUUGGCAAAAAAUUAAUUGAACACCCAUUGAUGAAAAGUGUUCUCGUUGAUUUAUUAUUAGAAAGUGAAGCUGCCACAUCAUUAGUAAUGUAUUUGGCAUCAGCCUAUGAUGCAACGUACAAUAAUACACAAACGAAUAAUGUAGCUGAAACAAAAGCAUUCACACGCAUUGCAACAGCCAUCGCCAAAUUUUGGAUUUGUAAACGAACACCGGAAACGACAUAUGAAGCAUUAGAAUGUUUGGGAGGCGCUGGAUUUGUUGAAGAAUCAAUGAUGCCGAGAUUAUACAGAGAAGCACCAUUGAAUAGUAUAUGGGAAGGCAGUGGUAAUGUUAUUUGUCUGGAUAUAAUUCGUGCGAUGAAAAAAUCACCGGAAACGUUACAAUCUUUUUUGACAUUUGUCAGUGAAGCAAAAGGUGUCAAUAAAUAUCUUGAUCGUGCAUUAGAACAACUUGAGAAAAAAUUAUCAGUAAAUGAUAAUAUUGAACAAAAUGCACGAACAGUAGCCACGAAUUUAGCUUUAUGUUUACAAGCAUCACUUCUUGUACGAAAUUCACCAAAUGCUGUUAGUGAUGCAUUUUGCUCAUCAAGACUGGGACCUGAUCGAGGCAUGAUAUUUGGCGGCUUGCCUACAGAUGUGGAUAUUGAUACUGUCAUGAAAAGAUUACCAUUCUAA